CUAGUUGUUGGACCAUAGCUUCUUGGGUCAUGGUCAUUGUGUUAAUAGAAAGAAACACAAACUGAAAUGUAUUAAAUGACAUUCUUUUGAAAUGUUCUCUGACUGAAAUGACAAAUUAUAAGAUAUUUAUGUCAUAAAGUGUGACAGUCGAUAAUGGCUAAUACUGAGAUGUAUAAUACAAAAAGUGAUGACGUUAUCGAAUGUUUUUUGUAUCCCCAAUUUUGUUUUACAAGCAACCCAGAACAAGUAACUGAAGAACUGCUUCUUAACGAAAUCGUAAAAUAUAAUGAGAAAACAGAAAUUUUUACGAAAAAUUAUAUAUGGCACAGAGAUUCAAUUCAAUUCUAUCCAAGAACAAAACGGACUCUUUUACUUGAGAAAAUCUUCAAAGGGACUGGGGAAGCUGGUGACCAGAUAAUACCUCAUAUUCAUGCUACUUUACGUUUCGACGAAGAUGUUGGAGAUGAGUGGUUUAUAGUGUUCUUGAUAUACAAUCUCACAAAAGCUUUUGGUGGAUUGAUCGCACGAAUUUCUGAUUCGGACGGUGAAUUUUUGUUGAUUGAGGCAGCAAAUUUUCUUCCACCAUGGGCAAAUCCUGAAACUUGUCAAAUGCGAGUAUUUGUUUUAAACGAGUCGAUCCAUGUAAUUCUUGAUAAACACAAACCUCUGAUCGACAUCCUGAAUAGUUUAUGUCAUAGGCCUAAUGCAUACAAACUUUCUGAAGAAGUGCAAUCAAUAAUUCGAAAAAGAAUCAGCGUUUAUCCAGAGGAGAUAAAGGAGCGCGUACAUAAAGCCAAGGCAUAUUUGCCCGAGAAAGCAGCUGCUAUGUUUCAACAUGAGGCAGGUUUAAUAGCACCAGCGAUUAGAAUGCUUUUUCAUUCUGAUCCUUUUGAGCGUAAGGUUUGUCGAGGUAUGAAGUAUUUUCCGCCUGAACAGCGCGUAAUGGUCAACGUGAAAAUGACAAAAUGCUUAUACGCCAUGGUAGUACAUUGUCGAUAUACUGGAGAUCCAAUGACUGGCUGGAAUUUACCGCCUGUCAACAGUCCUACGUACAACGCCCAUCUUCUUGGGGUAAAAAUUGCUUGUGGCUUAGAAAUGUUAGUUGCAAGAGCUCAUGAAGAACUUCGAAAGAGAAAAAACGAUGAAAAUAAUAUAAGUAACAAUGAAGGCCUGCCAAUGAACAACAAAAAAUUAAAUUCUUAUAUAAGUCAACUGGAACUUUGUGGAUACUUUAAAGGACUGUUGAAAGACAGUCAAGAGCGAGAAAAGCUUUUGAAGCUUGCAAAAGAUUAUUUUGUAAGAAAUUCGAGCUCAUCAGAACUCAUAAAUUCAAGUCUUGAAACGGAAGCAGAUAGAGCUCUGAAGCUUUGGAAGAAUGUGCAAACAAAUGACGUGGAAAUACAAGCACAAGAGGAAUCUACUUUAAGUCCUGCAGAUAGCGACAGUUGGCUUAUUAUUGAUGAGAUUCAGUUGGACAAGUUGUUAGGAGAACGCUGGGAUGAUAGAUCAAGUAAAGGUCAUAAACAAUCUUCUCAAAAUCUUAGAGGAAAGGUACAAGACUUCCUCAGUGAGAAAACUGACGUAGAAGGAGUCCAACUUUUUGGCGAUGGCGAAACAAAAUCAGAUGUUGAAGAUAAUGGACGAAUUGAAUUUGAUACAGAUGUAUUUGAUAGUACAUUGCAAGAUAUAUUAGAUUUAGUAGUUCCUGGAGGUGAUGGUGAAUUUGAUGACAGUUCGGAAGGUUCUCUAGGAGGUGACGGUGAAGACACUGGUGAAAUGGAUAAAUAUAUAAAUUUAUUGGAUGCGGAACUGCGAACUAAACAAGUGAUGGGAGAUCAAUCUACGAUGUUAAAAAGUCCAGACAAGGUUGAAUUAAAUUUGAUGGAAAGUUUAUCCAGAGAGGCCGGAGGUUCUGGUCCUACCGGAAAUAUCAUUGGUGGUCCAAUUCAAAAACUCAUGCAUUUGAAAUUACAAUCACCUUCUACUGUUCCUCCUGAUUUACAGAGUUAAUACAUUCAAUAGACGAUGGAAAAAAUUAUCAUUCACUAGUUCUGCCAUAUUCACAUACCUGGAUAUACAUUAUAGUGUUCAAAACGAUUGUAAUAAAUUAGUAAGUUAUUUUAUUCAACCGGAUAAUUUUGUUAAAGUAACAAAGUUAUAUGUCAGCUGACACACCCUCACGUCCACCUGCAAGGCAGCGCGCUUUCGCUGACUUCAUUACCUCAACAAAUCUGAGAACGAAUCAUUCUAUCCCUUACGAAAAUAAACUAUUCGAAAAC